AUGCUGGGCUUUUUGAAAAAGUCCCUCGAGAGCCGGGUCUACGGACUCGACCAUGCCGUGCUUAACAUCCAGCUGCCGCCAGCGACCAUGUGGAUGAACAUGGGUUAUUGGAAGGACACUGAAGAUUUUCCCAAAGCCUGUCAAGCACUACUCGAUCAAGUGUUAAAGGCGGGUCUGCGUGAAGAAGAUCGGUCUCAGUCUCGCUCGCUCAGCAUCCUGGAUGUCGGAUGUGGAUGCGGUGAUCAAUCUAUUCACAUUGCUUCAUUGAGAAAAUCAAGACCGAGCAGUACUAGUAAUAGUACUCGGAUUUCCGAAUCGACCUCCCACUCGGUGCACGAGUCUGCUGGCCCGGUUGUUCAACAGAGAGUCGCGGGGGCAGAGUCGUCUGCCGGGCCGCUGGUGGAUGUCUAUGUCGGUAUCACAUUACAGCCUUCGCAGGCAGAAUUGGGUCAGCAGCGGAUUCGAGUGCAUCAUCAGCGACAGAAUUCCUUGGGUAAGCGUGGUGUCGACGAGGUCAAGGCCAACAAUAACGACAACGACAACGACAACCUCAAUGAUUCCCUCUCAAACUACAACAUCUUCUGCGCCGAUGCCGCCAACCCAUCGACUUGGACAGGCGACCUGCACACUUCUAUGACCAAAAUAAUCAGAACAUCCACCCCGCUCAAGUCCAAUUCCUCGAGACCAUCAUCGUCGUCCUCAUUGUCAUCAUCAUCAACCUGGCUCCUCGCCCUCGACACAAUGUACCACUUUCAACCAUCCCGUCUCCCCAUCCUCCACUACGCCAACACCACUCUCCACGCCUCCUUCAUGGCCUUUGAUCUCCUCCUCGCCGACCAGACCUCCUUCUGGCAGCGCUUGAAAUUGCGCCUCGUCUGCUGGAUCACAGGUACCCCGUUUGCCAAUUUUCUCACUCGAGACGAAUACCUCCGGCUGUUAGUCGAGGCGGGAUAUGAUCGAGAUCGCGUGGAGAUCGUCGAUAUCUCGCGCGACGUUUUUCCCGGAAUUACCAAGUUUCUGGGGCGGAGGAUUCGCGAGGGCCAGCCGUUUGGGUUGAACUUGGGCAAGUUUCGGGGGGCAAGGAUGGUAUUUGGGUGGUGGGCGAGAAGUGAGAUUGUGAGGGGGGUGGUGGUGGUUGCGAGAAAGUGA